UAAUUUGAUGCUAUUUGAAAAAGUAAUAUUAUUGUGACGCUGGAGCUGUUCCUAAUGCUGGGUCCAGGUAGCGAAUAACGAGCAAGGGCUGCAACGCCGAGAUGGGCUGAAAACCUGUUAUCCCUUGGUAGGAUGAAUGCAUGUCCGUCGUUCAGUCAAUGUUUGUCUGACAUCGUUAUGGAUAAACAACUAGGCGUCAAAUCGGACCCACCGCACCAAAAGGAACUAUACCUAGUGUCCUCUUGUUGGCUUUUAUGCCAAACCGGUACAUGUGGUCCUUUAGAUACCGUAUUGAAUCGUUAGGUGCUAGACUCCGCUGGUUGUACAGUAGAAAUAAUGUCAGUAACGAGAAGGCUGCAAUUCUGAUAUGAUUUUUGAAGCAAGUGGCUCCUUCUUCAUCCCUUUGUGCAGAGUUUCUUCUCCCCUGUGUGCGGUGAAGUAGAUAGUAGAGCCUCCUAGCUUUCCUAAACCUAACUUCAUCUUUGGUAUUAAAGCAUGAAGAUGAAGUUUAGCUAUUGCUAUUAAUUUCUGGCGAUCGUCAAGCAAUUUUUUCUAGCUGGAUAAGCCGUAACUGAUGUAGUCGACCUGGUAGCGACGGCCGUGAGUUGGUCGUGUCUCACUCAACCGAGCCCUUCGACGUAAUAAAUAGUUCCUACGAAUGUCAUAGCCGUUCCGUAACAUGGGUUUUUUACAUACUGAUCUUCACACUCAUCUUCAUAAAAAAUCUACAGAAAAGUAGACAUCGAUCUACAGCAAAACGGCUUAAUCGGUCUUUCGUUCGUAAUUCGACAGGUGCCUGCUCUCUGAUGUGAAUCUCUGACUUGGAAAUUGUAAUUUCUUCGGAGGGGAAGUGAAAGCUGUAGGAGGCUCGAACAAUCUCUAUCGAGCUUUUCUGAAUAGCUGCUACGCGCCAAACCAUCAUGAAGAAUCAUGAAGCAUGGCAGUGGCACAACAAUUGACAUCUGCAAGAAUAUACUUUGGUUUUUAAUCGUGAAAUGGGGUGCAUGGAAAGAAAUGCUGAACCCGGCCCCACACGAUGUAUAUGGGCGCACUUACAACAUAAGCAUGCAUACGAGGACUUCACCUCAAGCACUCAUGGAGUUCAUUAAGAUGUGAGCACUCAUGUGAACUACGAAAAACAGAAUAGUUCUAAUACUGUAGUUAUUGCGUAUUUUCGUAAAAGCGAUUAUUGAGACUGAAAUGGGGGAAAAGACAGUAGAUGAAGUUCUCUAGGAUACAGUCAGAAAAAUCCUCAACAGCAUAUGACGAACAUUGAACUUUUCUAAUUCAUGACAGACUGGGUGUGUGGGUUUACAUAAUG